AUGUCGCUGACAGAAUCAUGGCUAAAUUUCGAGAAGGCGACGGGUGGCCGCAUCGUACUGCGAGGCAGUCCAGAAGACAUCAAGAAACAAUAUGACGACCUUGUUCAGAUGCUUAUUCCUCAUAUGCCUCAACCUUCGGAGAAUGUGAAAAGCGAAGACGGGUCCGUAGAUGGUGUGAAGUACAGGAUCUAUACUCCUAAAGGAGUUGACGGGUCACUCCCUAUUGCCAUGUGGACUCAUGGAGGAGGAUACAUGACAGGUGACUUGAACUCUGACGAUGUUCUGUGCCGUGUGGUAUGCGAGCAUACCAAGUCGAUAGUUGUGAAUAUUGAUUACAGCUUGACACCCGAGCACAAAUGGCCGACACAGCUGAACGAGUGUCUGAAGGUCUAUCGGUGGGCGCACGACAACGCUAGCUCGUUCCAGGGCGAUGCUCAUAAGAUGUACACGAUUGGUGGCAGUGCGGGUGGUGCUCUUGCGCUGCAGACCGCCAAUGCUGUACUCAAAGACAGCUCCCUCAAAGACAGCAUUAAGGGCGUGGCAGCGAUGGUACCCAGCACUACGCAUUAUGAGAAUUGUCCGGAAAAGUAUCAGUCGAUGUACACUGCGUACAAAGACAAUGCUGUGGAUGCACCAAUAAUCAACAAGGAGUCUAUGGAUAUCUUUCUUAGUCACCUCGGAGGAGACAAGGACGACUCUUCCCUCUUCACAUUACUCGCUACCGAGAACCAUAAGAAAUUCCCACCAGUAUAUUUCACUUCCUGUGAGUUCGACCCUCUGAGGGAUGAUGCGUACGUGCUUGAAGCAGCUCUCAAGGAGGCUGGUGUCAAUACCAAACAUGACCACUAUAAAGGCUUGCCUCACUACUUCUGGAUUUUUCCUGGCAUUCCGGAAGCACAGGGAUAUGUAGCUAAUCUGCUAGGUGGGAUCGGAUGGCUUCAAUCUCAGAUGUGA